UAAUCCAUAUCUAGUCCCUUCACUCCCCUUCGGUCCCGCCUCAGGAAUUCCACGGCUCCCCUCUCCAAACAACAAACACCCAGAAGUAACCAAACAACACUCGGUCAACCUCCAUCGUUCGUUGUCCAGGCAUACCGCCUCCCACAGUCACUGUAAACAGUCAUUACGUAUCCAGGCCCUUCAAAUACACACAAAACAGAGACGUACAUAUCGAAUACAGACGAACAUACCCAACGGCGCUGACUUGACCUUCUUCUGGGCACCCAUCUGUACCAUACUUUCUGCUGUGACGUGCCUACGACAGCAUGCCACAUUCGGCGAACGGUAGCUCGCCCACGCCAAUGUCGCGAUCGUCCUCGCCCUCUGCUGAGGAUACCAAUACAAAUACUACCGCUCAAGUCGAAGCCGAUGCCUUUCCAAAACCUGCCGGCAUCUCCCUCCAGGCUCCUAGACCUACGGAAGGCCAUUUGUCGCCAUCCAGGUCAACCGUUUCCUUCGAUUCCUCGCCGCGCUCUGUCCAGGCCAUUUCCGAGCAAAACGUUGGUUUUGAUGAUGCACGACAUACCCGAUCCGCCAGUCGUGGUGCCACAAAUGGCCACCACCCACCGACCAACUCAAACUCGCGCCAGCGCGCCCAGUUCUUUGAGGAUCGGUUUGCAUACAAGGACGAUUCCACUUCCUCCUCUCGCGACCGCGUGACCAAGGAUGCACCUGUCAUUGCGGACCUCCGCACGAAUGUCAUUAUCAAGGACGAGUACACCCUGGUGACCGACCUAUCACACCAUCUGUCCCAGCGAUACCAGCGACCAGAAUCGUCGAUCAUGAUUACUGUCAACCACUCGGCUUGCCUCUUGCUCGGCGGAUCCUUUGAACCAACCUACAUCCUCACUAUCAACGCACUCCCCGUCUCUAUUCAGCCUACUCUCAACAAACGAAACGCCGCGCUUAUCCAGUCCUUCCUGUUCGAAACGAUUGGCGUACAUGCAGAUCGUGGCAUCAUCAAAUUUGUGCCCAUCGCCGAAGAAAGCCUCGCCACAAAUGGCAUGACGAUGCUUGGAGAGAUUGAGCGACUAGAACGCCAGCAGGCUGCAGAGAGCACUAGUCUCGUUCGUGCUCUUACGAAGAGCUCGAAACGAUCUGUUAUCACCAAGGCUAAGAGCAGCUUCCAGCUCGCCAGGCACGACUCUAGGGUGGUCGAGAGCGAGCGGGCAACCCCUCCUCUUCCCAGUCCGGGCCCUUGUGACUCUGGCAUCGCAGUGAAUGAUAAAGACCAGGAAAUAACGAGCACCAGCAACCUGACGCGCAAGGUCUCAACCAAAGAAAAAUCCUCAAAGCAACUCAAGGAAAAAUCCAGCUCGAAGUCCACACCGGCCUUCAAUAUUGCACCGCCACCCAUCCCAGUGGAUACAAAGUCCCCUAGGGUUGGAAAAAGAAAGAGCUUCAUCGCCAUCUUCAAGCGAUAGGAACCCAUUUGGGUCUUGUGGCAAGUUCCGAAACGACUCGGUAAUUAAUUUGUAGAAAACAUACAUGCAUACAUACAUA